CACCUGUCUGCCGUUUUUCUUCGCAGCUGACUGGUCGGAGUGAGUGAGUUCCCGCUCGUUGGUUCAGUGUUUUCAGCGGCAUUUCAUCUCCUCCAUGGUCCUUUCGCACCGAAAUUGACUCAUUCACGAUCAUAGGUCUUCCGAUGACGUCGCCACUGACCUGAGGCUCCCGGCAAAGAAGUGGCCGAGAGCAUGGCGGUGAUGACCGGCGUAGUGCAGGAAUUCCUGCCGUCUGCUCUCGACGGGGUCGGCAACGAGAGCUCGCCGACGCCAUCCAUCAUCGUUCCGGAGUACUUCUGCAAGUGGAUCCUGUACCACGAGAUCCCGGGCUCGCGGGUGCGCGUCUGGGACCUGAGCAUCCUGGUGCCCAACGUGUUCUUCCUCCUGUUCAUGGUCCUGCGCUUCAACCGGGCUCGGCUCAAGCUCAGGGCCACCAGCAGCCCCACCUUCUCCACCUUUUACGUCCUGGUGUCAGUGAAUGCAGUCAUCAGCGUCAUCCGAUGCGUGGUGUCUAUGACGGUGAACGCUGCUGCGCCUGUAGGUGGAGUCGCCGACAAGGUCUUGUGGGUGGCUGUGAGGUUUUUUCUGCUCUCCACUGAGAUGAGUGUGCUCAUCUUUGGGCUUGCCUUUGGUCAUUUGGACAGUCGGACAAGCAUACAGAGGGUUCUGACGAUGACCUCGCUCGUUGCAUUCCUGUACUCCGGCACCCAGGGGGUGCUGGAGUUUGUGAUGCCGGACAGGAAGUUCUUUGUGCCAGACAAGAACUUUGAGCUGUUCGGCCACGGGGGGAUGCUCUUCUGGUUCGUCAGCUCGGUGGUCUUUGCAGCGGUGUACCUGGCGGUUUUCUCCCUCCCGUGGACGAGGCUGCGGGACAGGCUAGCCCUGCCGUCCAAGCGGAGCUUUUACUGGUAUGCUCUGUUCCUGGCUUUGCUCAACCUGGCCCAGGCCUCUGGGUCCGGCCUCUACUACUACGACGUCAACGAGGGCGUCUGCGUGGUGGAUGUGACCAGCUACAUUUACUUCACCAUCUUCACGCCCCUUGUCUACAAAACAUUCCUUGCCGACUUUUUCAGCAUCUCGCAGCCGAGCAUCCUGUUCUCGUACAAGGCGCAGACGGACGAACCGAUCGAGGACGAUAACGUGAGCCUUCCUCACCAGCUGUCCUGCUCCUCCCUCAAGACGGACUCAGACUACAUCUACCAGAACAACUCGGUGUACGACAGCACCCACUUCGACUCGGCCAACGUCAACCCGCUGUACGCGCAGUCGCUGCAGUCUCCGGACAGCGUCGUCGGCUUCGACUACUGCGGAGCCUCGCAGCGCCCAGGAUACCAGACGACGCUCGCGGCGCCGUCUCAGCAACAGCAGCAACACCACCCGCAGUCACCGCCGUCCGGCAACAACGUGCCCUGACGACUGGUGGACCCAUUGUGCAGAAAACACUAGAGGCUUCGCGUGGUAUUGCAGACGUCGAGGUAGAUGCGAAUCCCGAAGCAGCUGGCAGACGCUGGGGCCAUGGGUGCUCUUACAGCGAUUAGCCGGCAGACAACGGUAACAUUUAAGUCUCGCCAGUAGUCACGGGCAGCAGAAAGUCUUACCUCGGGCAAGCGGGAAGUCUCGUCAAAGUGGGGGGUGACCAGCGGGCAGAGGCCAUUAUGGGUCUGUGUGUUGAUUUGGCAAACGUCUGGCAUUAGGUCUUGGUCUUGGCUACGAACUUAAAGAAACACGUAGUCUGCCAAGCAGACGGGGAGGGUCGUCUUAUUUGCGACAGGAAUUAGAGUCACGUCGGCUGAGUUGCUCUGCGGGUUUAGCUUUGCGACGGUAGGGGGCAGAACCUGGUUUCCAGUCCGUCCCACCGCUUGCCCGUCGUUCAGUAUUUACUCCUCGGUCCAUCGGGAGCAGACGUCCGAACGGAGAGGUGGUCCUGUUGCGGUCACCGUGGUAGUCACCGUGUCGAGCAGGCAGUGCCACGGUACACCAGAACUCGUAUAGUCUGUUGCAGGUGAAGAAAAUCAGGACAUGCUCGCCACACCCCCCAAAGCCUUCCACUCUUUCCACUGUAGCAGAGCAAAUGCUGGAAAAAGGGCGAGUGGAGAGGCGGAAGCUACAAAUCAUGGCAAGCAGACAGCUUUGUGGGAGGAGCCGUCCCGCUUUUCUUAGCCUACCGCAGACCGUAUCCGUCUAUGCGCGAGCUUCUCUCUAGCCGUCGGAAGCGUUGCUAAGGUAGGACGAAGGUCUUCUGUGUUGGAGGUCGGCGUCGACGGGAUAGUUUACAAGCGGAUACACGCAGCUUGCCUACGCCCCUUUUCCACAGCGACGCUGCAGAGACGACGGUAGUGCAACGUCUCGUAACUCAGUUUUCUUUCCGUGCAGAACGGCAGCGCAUUUAUCCCGCAUGCUGUCGACGCAGCUGAAGCGACGGUCCAAAUCACCCUCUUAGUCACGUGCAACUCGGUGCCGUUCUUGUGGUUCCGUAUAUAUUUUGCAGCACGGUCCUUCUAGUGACUCGUAAGUUUGCCGCAGGAGGAAUUGUUAUCCGUUGUGAUAAUUGCGCGAACAAAUUUCUAACCGCCAAUGCAACGGGGAUGGGGGAAACGGCAGCGGACGGCAGAGCCCUCCUCCAGUUAAGGGACGCAACGUGAUUUUAUACCAUGGUAUUCGGGAAGUUGCGUCGUUGCGCCACCCCUCGUCAUUAGUGCGUGGCCACUGUCGUAAUCAUUUUGGGUGUUGCGCCGAGGCGACGCAGUUUGGUAGGCAACGACGGAGCUGGGUUUUAGGUUUACAAGGGCACAGUGUCAGUCUUUGUUUGUCUCUCAAUUUCCACUACUCUUUUCGAGUGCCUCCGCACGCUUCAAUCAGAAAAUCGUGGACUCCUUUGUUGUUUUUAUUUUGCGUUUUGUUUGGAGGCGGGGGGAGAGAUUUUUUUUACCCAAGCGCCGUUUUUGUUACGCCUUGGUGCCGGUUUGGUUCACGCCGAAAAUAUUCUAUGUCGUACUAAGUUCCUGGAGGGUGCGGACCCUCUCUUAUAUAUAUAUAUAUAUAUAUAUUUAUGUGCGAGCAGUUUGCGUGCGAAUUUCUUUAUAGCUUUUCUUUUCAUUUUUAAUUGUUACAAUCAUUUCAUUGUUUUUUUGUUUUAUUUUUCACCCCACAAACUUUUGUAGAGCGUUGCCCACAAAGUGCACUCCUCCAAGGUCACUUGCAACUUCAGGAUUACACAGCAGCGGCCCUCACAUUAUUUCAUGAGCAAUGUUGAGCGGGUCUGGAGACAACAUACCCUAGUAUAUAAAGAGUGUAGUAAACUUAAUCUCGUGCUAUGCGAGUUAUUCGUCCAAAAUUUCAUGGUUGCAAUCGGUGAAGAGUCGCAACUCACGAAGACAGUCUCUGAAAUCGUAUAAGAGAGAUCCCGAAGAGUGAUGGAACCCGUUAAUAGGGCUAUAGUCACGAUGGGAAAAGAAUACCGUGUGGGUUGACGGGUCGCAGUUCUUGUCCAAGCAAAGAUGAGAUGUGAUGUUGCAAGACAUUCCACGGUGUGAAUAGACGUUUUCUUUCGCUAGGUGGCACCGAUGGUUGCGCUACUUUUUGAGUGCGGUACUCCGACAUGGGGGGAAUGUCGACGUUUCGGCGGUGCUUAUGGAGUCUGCCCCUACCAGAUCGCUGCACUCUUGUGUGUCUGUGCCCUGGGAGGGGGCUUUGGAAUGUUUAAUCAUGCUUUAUCGAAGGAAGUUGUAAAGAGAUUGUACAUAAAAGAUGACUGUACUUAAAUGGGAGAAAAUAUGCCAAAGUCACUAUGUAUUUUGAAGAGCAUUUUCAUGAGGUGAAACAAUAAAAGUAUAUAUAAUUCCCAUGGUAAA